AUUCUGCCCUUUGUUGGAAGACGAGAUCACGCCGCGUCUGCAUUUCAACAACACGCGACAGCGCCCUCGCAUCCGCCAAUUGUCGCCUGACAACGAUACGUGGGGCCAAGAUGGCCUCGAGGGAAUUUGAGGUGCUCUACAAGGAGACGCGCCUCAAUCUAGAACCGGCGGCGCAAUCAUCGACCAUCCAAAUCCGCGUCGCACCGCAGAGCGCCUACGGACGGUCGGGCUCGGGUCGGAGCGGCGCCGCUGCCGACGACGAGAAGGGCUACCGGUCCAGGAAUCUGGCCACCGCAUCAUCCAUCUACUACCGCAAGCAUAACAGCUCUCCGCGCGCGUUCCUCUGGCGGGUCUUGGACGACGGCUGCGUCCUCAGCCUCCGUGUUGCCGACGUCUGCAAGCAGCAGAAGGAAUCCGAUGCGCCCCUCAUCCUGAACCUCCGGUUCCCCACCGCAAUUCGGACGUCUUGCGUCGGUUUUGCCGACCCCGAGGACUACGAUGCGCUAUGCGUCUAUGUCGUCGACCACUCGAAUCAGCUGUGGUCCAUCACGCUGCGGCCGGAUCACUUCCGCAAGAGGACUGCCACGGAUGGCGGCCUAGGCGAUGCUUGCAGGUCGUGCUCUCCACCCGGAUUCGGGUUCAAGCACCCGCAUAGGCUGGCUGUUGUACAUCCAGACCAGUUGAUCGUCACAAUGCAUGAUGGCGGCAUUCUGAAGUUCGACAGGAACAAGGGCCAUGAUUCGAAUGGAGCCUUGUGGAAAGAGACCAUCUAUAACGUUGCUGGAUGGGGCCAGAGCCUGCGGGGACUGGUUCCUUUCCAGCGGAAUCCCACCAUCAGGUACGACAAGGUCAACAUGGAGUUGACAGCAGCCGCUUCGACCGCAGUUACGACCAUGGGCCAUCCCGACACCGCCUUUCUAUUCACCGUCUGCUUGGAUCACCGAUUGAGGGUAUGGGACGUGCGUACGGGUCAGAUUCUGUACACCGGCGACAUCCUGAAUACGAGGCGCGACUCGCAGGAGGUUGGAAAAUGGACUGUCGAUCCUUCCCAGGGCAAUUUGAUUCGGAUACUGGACAACGGCCAUGGCCAGUGUCUGGCCGUAACAUAUUCCCCGGUUGGGGCCGGCGAAUUCAAGUUCUGGAAGGUCAAGGCGAACGAUCAGGGGUCGAUACUCGUCGCGGACUGCUUCCCAGGAACGCACUUGGUGCCCCCAAGUCCGUCGUCUUUGGACGUGUGGUCCCUGGCCGACUUCGCCGUUGCGCAACAAGCAGAAGGGCCCGAGCUGUGGACGCUGUGGAAGAACAACACCAGCUACCGCGUGCACCGGCUACAGGUACAGCCUCAGAACGGCGCAGCACCAUUCAGCGGCGGUUGGAAGGCGGUCCACGUCGAAAAUACAGUGCCCACUGUGCAAGCAUCCGGGCCCUGGAACUCUACGGACUGCGCCGAGAAAUGGCUGGAUCUCAUCUUCUACCCAGGACGUUUCGCGAAGUCGACCCUCGAAACAGCGCUGGCGAUCUAUGAGAAAGGGUUGGGUACCUACAAGGAAACGGUGCCCAAGGCUGGCAGGAGCAUUGCGGAAUCCAUCUGCUCCGUGCUGGGGUCCACGACGGCCUUGGACCGGAGCUCAGCAGGUACCGCGGAUUACGAUCAGUUCAGGAACACGAGCGAGACCCAGUGGAUGCGCUUCUGGCGUCUCUUGCUUGAGCUCGAUAAACAACGGGGCGAAGCGCUCUCGCUGGUCUUCGAUCCUGUGGAGGGCAUGGUCUGGGUUGCCUGUGCCGACUUGAUCGCUGCUGUAAGGCAGUGCAGCGACCUGGACCGAGUCUAUCAUAAUCUCCAGUCACCAGAGAAGAAGAACGAAGAUGUUGCGGCGCUGGUGUCCGCCGGACUAACCUUCGUCGAAAGCUUCUCAGACAGCAUGCACCAAUUGAGCAGAGCCGCCCUGAGGGCCGAAUUGUAUGAAGACUCGGCCAGAUCCGACAGCGAACGGAUGCAGCUGUUCUUGGACCGUGCAGGGUUCUGGCCGUCGGUCACAGACGACGACUGUGCUCAAGUAAUCGACACUCUCGGCCAGAACUAUCAAAUGGUGACGGCGAGGCUUUAUGAGGACUUGUUCGAUCUUAUCACGGCGACCAGCGAAGCGAACUCGCAAGAGCUUCGAGAACCUUUUACUGGAUUUGGACGCAAAGUGGUUGUCCGUGCUGUGCAGGAGACCAUCGAACUUCACUGGCAGAUCCUCUUUAGCCAGCUCAUCCUGCUUGUCCACAUGGAGUUCGACAUUGAAAGCGAGGAGGCAUCUCCGCUACACUCGCGCUUCGACGUCGGUUCCGUGUACAGGCGGUUGAUCGACGCGCUACGGAGGCUGGAACAUUUAAGGUGGAUGGCAAAGACGGAGCUGAGCGCUUCGGCAUCCAAAACGGGCGGAUCCGGAUCCUCGUCCCCAGCCUUGGCCAGGCGCGGCCAAGACGAAAACAACACCAUCACUGCUCUGGAAGGGCUGACUGGACACCUGUUCGGGCUUCCAGAGAGCAAUAACAUGCCGCUGCUGUCGAGCAUCACGGAUCUGGUGCUGGACCUGUGCGCCCCCAGCAGCACUACUGUGCUCUACACCUGGCUCCUCCAGUGCAGACUACUAAAGCAGGAACGGCCAGACCUUGCUCUGGAGCUUAACCCUUUUGCUGAUCAAGACCCCUUUUCGACGUACGUUCAAGGCCGCGUUUUCCUUGCGCUCAGGGACCACGACACUGCCGCCUACUACUUCAGGAGAGCAGCCAUUGGCUUGAGCAUCUCUAUCAAGCACCUGGACAGGCACAGCGCGGGGCUUCUCGACGACACCGAAUGGAAUCUCCUCAACAGCGGGCUUCCGAACUACUAUGCCCACAUAGUCAGUCUCUACGACAGGCAAAAGGCCUACUCGUACGUCGUGGAGUUUUCCCGUCUCGCCCUGCAGUUUGUCCAAGCAGGUAACCACGAGGCUGCGGGGACCAAGACGGAGAUGCUCAGCCGUCUGUUCACCGCCUCGGUCGCAAUCUCGCAUUUCGAGGAGGCCCACUCGGCCCUGCUCUCCAUGGACGACGAAGCGCUGCAAAAGUCGUGCCUGCGGAAGCUCGUCGAGAAGAUGUGCGCGACGGGACAGAGCUCCGAGCUCAUCAGCCUGCCGUUCUCGGGCCUCCAGACCAAGGUCGACGACAUCCUGCUCGAGAAGUGCCGCGCCACCAGAGACGUGCUCAACGGUGUGCCCUACCACCAGAUCCUUUAUGCCUGGCGCAUCAGCCACAACGACUACCGCGGCGCCGCCGCCAUCCUGCUCGACCGGCUGCAGAAGCUGCGGCGCGCGGGCGAGGGCGACAGGAUCGGCGGCGGAGAGGACGGCGCCGAGGACGCCCUGGACACCCAGAUCACGCGGCAGUACCUCCUGCUGAUCAACGCGCUGAGCUGCGUCGCACCGCAGGAGGCUUACAUCAUGGAGGACGUGCUCCGCGGGGUGGAAGACGAGCGCCGCGGGGCCGCCGGGGGUGAUGACGACUUGGAGGCGCAGCUGGACGAGCUCGCCCGGAAGCUGGACGCCGAAAUGGCGGCGGACGGUCAAGGGGCAGCCGUGUCGGAGGAUGAUGCGGCGCUGCUGGAGAAAAUGCACAGGUUCCCGGCGCGGAACACGGAGGAGCUGCCGGCGCGGCGGCUCCUCAUGCUGGCGGACAUCCGCAAGCAGUACCAGCAGGAGCUGGACAGGAUCGUGGCGAUCCAGAACAACCAGUUUGGGCUCACUGCCGAGGAUGACUUGAUGGACUUGGCCUGAGUGUGCGAAGCGGGGUUUGGGUGUAGAAUGGAGAGAAGGAUGUAUUGGGGUACGGGACUGUGUAAUGAUUUUCCUAUUUACUGCAGGCU